AUGCUGGUCUCCCUCUCAGCGCUGGCCUUUGCGGCCGGUAUUCUGUCGACGCCAUCGCUGGUGAACGGACUCUCUCCAGCCGAUAUACCCGCGGACACUCCCGUGUCUCGGCUCCUUGCGUCGGCUCAGGCUCACCUCUCUAAGGGCGAGACCAACGAUGCUCUGGUCUACUACGAUGCUGCCGUCGCAAAGGACCCUACGAACUACUUGACCUUCUUCAAGCGCGCGACGACAUAUCUCUCGCUUGGGCGCACCGCGCAAGCCGCUGAUGACUUCGAGAAGGUGCUCAAGCUGAAGCCCGGGUUCGAGGGCGCCCAUGUCCAGCUGGGCAAACUAAAGGCUCGCACGGGCGACUGGGACGCCGCAAAGGCGCACUACAAGAAGGCGAAGAAGACGGAGGAGAUCGCUAAGGUGGAUGGGGCCAAGAGCGCGCAGAAGCAGGCCGAGAAGGCGGCUAAGGCGGAGAAGUGGGAGGACUGUAUCAAGCAUGCCGACGACGCCAUCGUGGUCGCAAACCGUGCGCUGUCUCUGCGGCAACUGCGCGCCAAGUGUGCGCUCGAGGGAGGUUCUCUGGAUCGGGCCAUUGGCGAUUUGCAGCAUGUUCUUCAGAUGAGCCCCGGGAACACGGCGCCGCAUGUCAUGAUCUCGGCUAUCCAGUUCUAUGGUAUGGGCGAUCUGCAGGAUGGUAUGUCGUCGAUCCGGAAGUGCCUGCACUCCGAUCCGGACUCGAAGGUGUGCAAGAGGUUGCUGAGGGACGAGAAGGCGGUUGAGAAGGCGGUCCAGAAGAUUAGCAAGGCUUUGGAGAAGAACCAAUAUAUGACGGCAGUGCGGCAACUAGUACCAAGUGCCGAUGAUGAGGGUUUGAUCAGCGAGGUCAAGAAGCAGGUCCAGGCGCUAAGGGACGAGGGCCAUCUGCCCAAGAGGGCAGGCAAUGCCUUGCUCUCGAGGUUAGUCGAGAUGGCGUGCCAGGCAUACUACGAGUCCAACAGCAAGAAGGCCAAGGACUACUGCGAUGAAUCCCUCAAGCUGGACGAGAACUCUUUUUACGGCCUGCUCUACCGCGCCAAGCAGCUCCAGGAAGAGGAAGAAUACGAAGCCGCAAUCAACACUCUCCGCAAGGCAGCCGAAGCGCGGCCCGGCAAGGAAGACAUCAUCAACCCGCUCAUGCAAAAAGCCCAGAUCGCCCUCAAGCGCAGCAAAUCUAAGGACUACUACAAAGUCCUCGGCGUGCCACACGACGCGGAUGAGCGCCAGAUCAAGUCAGCAUACCGCAAGCUCUCGAAGCAGUACCACCCUGACAAGGCGGCGAAGCAGGGCCUCACCAAAGAGCAGGCCGAGAAGAAGAUGGCCGCCAUCAACGAAGCAUACGAAGUACUCAGCAACCCGGAGCUGCGCGCGCGCUUCGACCGCGGCGACGACCCCAACAACCACGAGCAGCCGCCGCCGUUCCAGGGCAAUCCCUUCGGUCACGGCCAUCCGUUCAUGUUCCACCAGGGCGGGCCCGGCGGCGGUGGCUUCCAGUUCAAGUUUGGCUCGGGGUUCCCGUUUGGCGGGCCGUUCGGCGCGCAGUUCGGUGGCUAA